AUUUUUUUAGUGACGACACCCGUGAUGCCCUUGGAAGGUGAAGGCAUGGGGUAAAAGACAGACGGAAGAGACUGUGAGAGGCAGGAUUCAGAGAUGGGCGGAAAGAAGAAAACUAAGUGGAGAAAACUACCUCUCGCUGAAUUCACUAAGGAAUGUCCAGGGCCUCCUGCUGUCACCAAAAAUGAAGGCAAGGAAGAGAUAACAAAAGAAGAUGAAGAAACACCUCCUCCAGUUCCCUCCUAUGAAGAACUUGCUGUAAAUACGAACCAAUAUUUUGAAUACGGAGAGUAUACAGACGUUUCAAAUAUGUUGUAUCCUACUCCUUAUAUCGUUUACAAUCCUGUGGAAAUGCCUGUUUAUCCAAGCUACAUGAUGCCUCCUGAUGCAUGUUGUUAUUAUUACAUGCCUCCUCCUGAAAUGCCUCAAGUAGAAGAAUAUGUAUCUAUGCCGUAUCAGGAAUACAUCCCUCCUGUGAAAGAUACUGUCUACUUAUUACUACCAGCUCCUGCUGUCAGACCAACUUAUGGAUCCUCAAACGUAGCGUAUGAUUUGAGAAACCGGCGGAGGAGAAGGCGAUAUGAGGGAUAUGCAGAAUAUGCUGUUAUACCUGAGAAGACCAAUUAUUCCGCUAAUAGAGAAGAGAGAGACCGACUAAAGAACACAGGAUCAUAUGCGAAUCCUUCAAGAAAUGAUAACCAGUCAUAUCGCACCAAAACAAUGACUUCAUUCUCAGAAACAAAUUCCUUCAGUCGAGAUGGACACAGACGUGUGCCAGAGUCCAAUGAAAAGAAGUUCAUUACCCCAGGAGAAUUAAUACAAACAGGAAAAAGCGUGGGUUUGUCGCAAGUGGAACGAAAUGAAGGCAUCCAAGAAAUGCAAAAUCUAAAACCUAGAAAAACCCAAGAAAUGUGUGGUGUCCAUACAGCUAGGACUUCUGAAAAAAAGAACUUUCAGAAUAAUUCUGAUACAAGUUUUCAAGAAAAACAGAGUAAGCCUACAAAUUCUGAAUGGUUUUCUCAGGAGUCUUUACCAAGUACCAAAGAAUCAGUGGAAUAUCAGAAACAAGUACAAGAAAUCACAGGAAACCAAGGGGUCACUGAUAAUCAGAAAUGUCAGGACACAGUAAAUCAUCUUCUGGUUUCAAAAGAAAUGGAAAUAAAGCAAGAGAAGAAUACUAAUAAUAUAAAUGAUACGGGUUUAGAAUCACUGCAAACUGAUUUAAAAAUCAGUAAACACUCUGAGAAUUCUUUGUAUGAAAGCGCCAAAAAAACAGAAGAAAGAAAUCUAUUGGGUUCAAUUCAAAACAGCGAUUCGGAAACAAUGACUGCUUCGGAUAAUUUCGUGAAAAUAAGUGAUAAAAUGCUCCAUCAAAGCAAAAGUGAAACAGAGAAACAUAGUUUACAUAAUCCAAAUGAAGCAGAAUCUUCUUCACCACUUCCUGACAUAUUAAGUACUUUACAUAAGACAUUGCCCUCCAACCCAAAGACAACAAAUAAUGAUAUCUCGAAUAAAAAUGAUAAACAUUCUGAAUCACCAAUCUUCGAUAAAACGCCACCUCCAAGCGAGAAAUUUUCCAAGUCUAAGGUUAUCCUAUCUCAGUCACCAUACAUUUCUCAUUCUCUAAACUCAGAUACAUCUAGUCACGAUUCAGAAGCUGAAUUAAAACGCCUAACUAAUCUGCAAUCUUUACGAGCCAACCAAUCAAUAUACAAACUAGCGUACGAUGAAAGUAUUACUGACCAAUCAGAAGCUGACUCUCGGUCACCUAGUCCUGUAGAUCCAGAAACUCAAGUGCCAAGAAGUAUAAUCAGUGAGGAAAUUCUCAUUCAUGAAGCUGAUAGUUGUAGCGAUGCUGGAUCUGAAGAUGUUGAACUUAUACCUCAUCGCUAUGAAAGUGAAACAUUUCUGAAUGAAAGUAAACAUAUGUAUAUUAACAAACUUUCCUUAGCAGUCGAACUUUUGCGUACCCAGGAAAGUCUUCCUUAUGAUGAGCAGUUCAAGAGAGUAUCAGGGGAAAGCAAUCUUAACCUAAAAGAAACGAACCCAGGUGCUAUAGGAGAAGUGAAUUUGGGUUUCGUAGAAGAUUCAUCAUCUUCAUUUGAAAGUUUUGAAGGUCAUACUGACAAUCGUAUACCCGAAGCGUCGCAUAAUGUUAUCAGUUCCCAGUCUCAGACAAGCAAGAAUUCUAGAAAUAGUGCAGCUGUUAGCAGCUUUUCGUUUGAAGAUGCAUGUAAUGAGUCGUGUGAAGAAGCUAAGGAAGUAGUGGUAGAGGCAGCUAACACUCGGAUAUGUACUAUGUGUUCUGUAUCCUGACUGCAUGCCGUGUAGUUCCGUCCUCGAAAAUGGACAAUACAGAGGGAGUGAGAGCUGGUUAUCGCAGGUUCCAAGUACAGUUUCGUCAUUAUUUUACUCCAAGAGCUGCGUUAGUAAACCCCUGUCUUUGUUGUGUCAUUAUGUGAAAUAGAAACAAUUCUUUGUUAUCAUACUGAGUGGAAAAUAUAUUGUUUUUAAUUAUUGUAUGCAUAUCAUGUACGCAAAAAUCUGUUUUGACUUGUUUUAAAUAAUAAAAGAUUAAGUUGAAAAAAAUGAUACAAAAUGAAAUAAAUUUUCCACUUUAACCCAUUAGCUGCCGCGAUCCACAUUCGUGGAUUUUGGAAUUUAACAUUCGCCAUUCGACGCGAAAAAUAAAUUUGGUACGUCUGACUGUUUAGUUUCAUUCUACAUAUAUACACAUUUUAUAUAUAUUGUAUGUAAUAGAAAGUGUGCAUUCUGUGUAGGCGAAUAACUUGAAAUUCGUCUGUAAAUUGAACGGAACAGAAUUGUCACAUUUGUAGCAUUAUAUUUUCGGUUUGGUUUUUAUAUAAUAACAAAAUACCGCUCAUAAAGAUGUAAUUUAAAAGCUAAAGAGCGAUCUGUUACUUAGUCUUUUGUUUCUUAUUGAAAUGAUUUUAUUGAUCAUUUUAUAACGAUUUCCUUCUUCAAAAAUAUCAAAUAUUUUCAAAACAAAAUUUAAUAUGUAUAUAAUUAUAUUGUUAGACAACUUUUUAUGUAUAUAUAAUUUAUUCGAACAAAAAUUUAAAAAAAUGGCAGUUAAUGGGUUAAUAUAAAUAUUCAUUUGUUUUGAACAUCAUUCAUUUUAAUCAUUCAUGUUUUUUUAAAUUUAAUUUUCCAUUGCCGCUGUGAUGUAAUUUGAUUGAAAAUUUCUUCCUUUCUAAUUACUUCAACCAUUUUUAUUUUCCAAUGCAAGCAAUUUAAGUUCAAAUAAUAUAUCAUCAUUGUUAUUAGAAAAAGUCAGACAUUUUUAAUGGAAGGAACUAAUUAAUAAGGUUCUUCUGAAAAAGUAGAAAGGGUCGCCGUGGCUUAGAGGUAAGGUCCCGGCUUUGGAACAAGCGUCCUCCGCUGGUGUGGUGCGGAAGUUUGAAGAGGGGGUACCAACUUAAGUGUCGUCCUCGUCAUCUGACCGCGGUUCAAAAUUACAAGGUCCGUCACAAAAUAGCCUUAGUGUUUCUUUAAAAAAAGGGACGUUAAUAUAAUUGAACUGAACUGAACUGUGAAAAAAGAAUGAGGAUUAUUUAAUAUUAGUAUAUUUAGUGAAGUUUUGUAAAGAUGAACAUAACUAUUUUUUUCUAUACAAUAUACAUUCCGUGUUUUAAAAUAUUACAUGAGAAAAAAUUAAUUAUGAGCUGUUGUAUUCGGGAAGUAAUAUUCUACUAGCAAAGUAAAGAAAUAUUGUACAUAUUAUAAACAAUAUAAGACUUCGUUGUACCUCAAAUGUUUGUAUGCUACAACAAAUGAAUACUCCUUCCUUCAUUAUGGUUAUUUGCUAACAUUCUUUCUUAAAAGCAGUAGAUAUUUUUAACUAAAGAUUGUAGAUACAUUUAGUGUGCACUGGUCAGUAAAAAUUUUCAAUGUCAGUCGAAAACAUUUACGAUAAUCAAAUAUUCUAGAUUAAUCAUCACAAGGUAAAACUCUUAAAGAGUUAAAUUUCCAUUUUUCAAAUUUUCUCAAAUAGCGAUAACUUCUGUUUCUAAAAAAUUAAUUUGAAUGAAUACUGUUUUGAAAACUGGAAAUAAUAAAAUAAUCAUAGGUCAUUCGUGUGUCGUUCGUUUCAAGUGCAUAAAAAAAUAAAUAAAUAAAUAAAAAUAAACAAAAAAACAUGAAUUAGCUACCAAGAACAUUUUAUUGUCAUCAAAUUAAAUAUUCCGCUUUGAUUUAUAAGAAAUGGAUUUAGGAUGGAAAUAAAAUGUAUUAAAAUUACAGUUAAAAAUAAAUUUAUUUAAAAAGGUUUUUUUUUUUUUUUUUUUUGUAAAUUUUUGGUGAUGGACGCUCAUUUUAGCGGGCAAAUUAUGUAUUAAAUGAUACCAUAAAUAUAAAAAUGGCAUAUAUAACCAUGUAACGGAUGCACCCAUUCUGAGAAAUAGAAAAAAGAAACUUUAAUUCCGAAAUUGGUGUAUGAUUCUACAAUAAUAUUUGCCGGCGUCCUGGCAUAGGGGUAGCGCGUCUUCCCCGUGAUCUGGGCGUCCCGGGUUCGAGUCCCGGUUUGGGCAUGGUUGUUCAUCUGUUGUUCUAUCUGUGAGAUGUGUGAAUGUGCCCUCCUGUAAAAAGGGGUUGUGCAAGGUGAUGAGUGAGUGGCAAAGUCGUACUCUUAGCCCUAGUUGGCGCUGCUAUAAAAAAUAAGAGACGUUCCCCUCAGGCUUAAAUCGCUGUCUUCGUAACAGCGGGCUUGUCAGUGGCAAGUGCCAUAAGAAACAAACAAUGAUAUUUUUCCAGUUAAGAUGGUUAUUCAAUAUGUGUUUUUUCCCAUUGGAAAAAAAUGCUUAUUCUCAAUUGAUGUGGCAAUGAUUUUGAUAUAAAAUCUCUUAAACACGAAUUGGAUUAAUUCAAGAAAUUAUAAUUUUGAUGUUCACACCUAUAGACACACUUUAAUUUAUAGCGUAUACAAGUCACACAGAAGCACAGAUUUAGUGAAUUUCUAGUACUUUUCUUUAGUAAUUUCAGUAGCUGAAUUGAUAAAAUAUGGCUAACAUGUACCUAUAGUUUGUUAAGUAGUGUCGAUAUGAUGUCAUCAGAUAGCAAAAUACAAUAAAAUUUUAGGUUCUUUUGUU